AUGCGGGACGGCGCUGAAAACGAUUCUCUGUCGUUUGCGGAGGCUAUCGUUAGCGCGAUGGAUGCGCAGCCAGUUGUCCCGCCGGCGCUUCUCCGAAACUUGCAGGAGCCACCGUUCAUAUGGAAUCGACACCCCAGUCACGGCAUCGUCCUGUGCCUCCUGCAGCAUCGCGGCAUCUACCUCCCACGUUAUCGCGAGCUGGUGGAUUACCACAUGGCGGAGCUGUUCCUGCACUACCUCGAUCUUUGCCGCGAAGGGGCGUUCUUCAUCCACUACUCCGCCGGCAAGUGGCCCAAAGAACGCUUUUUCCGCAUUCGCAUGCUGCCGGUCAAUCGUCUGGAGGCGGAAACGGAGCCGGCGCCGCACCUCGUCAUCACCCUCCACGAAAGUGGCGUGGACAUUCUCGACGCCAUUCCGCUCAACAAACUCGUCGGCGUCACGGCCACGCCGCACACCGCGUGCUUCCUGCCAUUUCUCGAGUCGCCCAAGACGAUCAUCGGCUGCCGUGAGGGCCGCGGCCACCGCGCCCGCUUGCCCGCGGACGGCGCCUUCAGCCUCUGGUUCUACGACGUGGCGCAGCACAAGCCUCGCAGCGUGGACAUCUUGACGUGCGAUGCAAAGGUGUUCGACAUCUGGACAAAGACCUUCCGAGGACUGGUGAGUGUGAACAGUUCCUCUAUUGUGCAGGUGGCAUUGACGCCGCAAGGGGAGUCCGUGGAGUUGGCGGAGCUGACGCGGGCGGCUCAACAGCAAGGGGAGGUGGAGCACGGCGAGCAGCUUGGGAGGUUGUCCUCUUCGUAG